CUUUGGCUGCCUUUUCUCUUCACACAAAAGUUGCACAGCAGUGGCCUAGGCAAAUCAUCAUUAAAAAAAGAGAAUAAGGCAGAAUUGUGCAAUCGCUGCCAUGUAGCAUCACGCAGGGGACACGAGUAGACGAAAACGAAACAGCUCACGGGACAUACCCAGCGGGAACGAUAACUGCUACUACUGUACUGCUGCACCCACCACCAUACCCCGAGCCCAUGAUUCAGCCCGGCUAGCAGGGGACCCGCCAAACCCGUUUUUAUUUUAAUUUUCCUUAAGCUUUUGGUUUCUGGAAACAUGGCAGAAGGAGUGGGCGUCUGUCACCGGAGGAGGCAAACGCACCAAGAGGCGGCCGUGUUCAGGUGAGGCGAUGGUGAUGUGAGGUGCAUUGUCCUUGCUACAGCUCUCCGUUUGACUCGUCAGAGUGGCCGCCUUUCUGCAGCAAGUGACAAGACAAACAAUACAAACGCUGUCUCCUUUGCCUGCCUUGUUUUAUCCGGGAUUGUCACUCUGCAAAGUUUCUCCAAUUUCUCAAUGGUUGAACCCCCACUCGCGCUAUCACAACGCCACUCUGCAUCGGGCCAAGACUAGCUUUUCCUAUCACUCCCACGCCCGUUGAGCACCCGAGGAUAAAAAAAAGGGUGGAAUCUUCAUGUCCAGCGUCCCGUUCUCUUACUCGCCAUUUGCUCGAAUUCAAACGGUUCCAGUUUAAAAAGGGGACCAAAGGCACAGCUCUCGUCGGAUAAGUACUGGCUGUCCUGCCACCAACACACCAUCUACAGUUUUUUUCGGCCCCUUCAACUUACAAACACACACACACCAGUUUGUAACCGAGCUUCAGCUUCAGCGCAUUCUCGUGGCGUCCAGUCUUCUUUGCGCCUUUGCUUCCGGUCACCCUCCCCCGCAUCAAUUGCUCCCAAGAGGCGCUUCCUGACUUUCCCGGCGCCGUCCGACACGGCUUGUCUGCAACUCUACGACGGCUACUAGUACAAAACGCUCGAAGCCCUUCCCUGUACACCUCGCACAGCAGCAGCCCGCAGAGUCUACCAGUGACGAAGAAUAAAAAAAUUGGAGAAACUUGCAAGACGCUGUGCUUGUCCUUCUCCUGUUUCUUCUCCGUCCUCGCUUUACAAUCUCCUUUGCUCCGUGCUCCGGCGCAUCCCUCCUGCGCAUUCCGUGACACACGGUGUCCCUCGUGGGCAGUGUCUUUUUAUUUCAAAGAGCCUACUCUUCUUGGUUUUGCUAUUGACAUAGCUUCGGCCGCUGCUACUUCUACGACUCCUUCAUCCACGUCGACCUGAAGUCAGCACCGCCAAGAAACAAGCAUUUCCUCCUCUUCCUACGAUUCGCCAACACCAUCGACACCAUGGGUUGGGCAGAGAAUCUCAACAACAAGGUGGCUAAGAGCCCCGUCGGCACUUGGUUCCGCCUUGAAGGAUGUGGUCAUCCCAAGGAACGCAAGGGAUCCCGCUUCACGACCGAAAUCCGAGCCGGCCUCGCGACCUUCUUUGCCAUGGCCUACAUUCUCGCCGUCAACUCAGCCAUUGUUUCCGAUACGGGUGGCACCUGCGUUUGCCCCGGCACCAAGGACGACCCCAUCUGCAAAAAGGACCAAGACUACCUCAUCUGCGCGCAAAACAUUAAGCGUGACAUCGUCACCGCCACUGCUGCCAUCUCCGCCAUGGCCACUUUUUUCAUGGGCCUGCUCGCCAAUUUGCCUGUUGGUCUGGCUCCUGGUAUGGGUCUCAACGCCUACUUUUCCUACACCGUCGUUGGCUUCCACGGCAGCGGCACCGUGCCCUAUAAGACAGCCCUCACGGCCAUCUUUGUUGAAGGCUUCAUCUUCUUUGGUCUGGCUGUCCUCGGUCUGCGCCAAUGGCUUGCGCGCGCCAUCCCCAGCGCCAUCAAGAUUGCCACGGGUGUCGGCAUCGGUCUCUACCUCACCCUCAUUGGCUUGACGUAUGGCAACGGUAUUGGCAUUGUCACUGGCGCCACUGCUACGCCUGUCGAGCUUGGUGGCUGCUCGCCCGCUAACCUGCUGCCCGACGGCACUUGCCCGUCGUGGGACAAGAUGCGUUACCCCUCGAUGUGGGUGGGCAUCUUUUGCGGCGGCAUCUUUACCGUCAUGCUGAUGAUGUACCGCGUCAAGGGCGCCAUUAUUGCUGGUAUCUUGCUUGUCAGCAUUGUAUCGUGGCCCCGCGGUACACCCGUCACGUACUUCCCGUACACGACUGUCGGCGACGACUCGUUUGACUUUUUCCGCAAGGUUGUCAGCUUCCGCGCCAUUGAAAACACACUCAAUGUGCAGGACUGGAACAUUGGCUCCUACGGCGGCCAGUUCGGCCUCGCCCUCAUCACUUUCCUGUAUGUCGAUAUUCUCGAUGCGACCGGCACACUGUACUCCAUGGCACGCUUCGCUGGACUCAUGGACCCCGUCACUCAAGACUUUGAGGGCUCAUCCAUGGCAUACAUGGUAGACGCCAUUUCCAUUUCCAUUGGAUCCGUCUUUGGUGUCCCGCCUGUCACGGCAUUUGUUGAAUCCGGUGCGGGUAUUUCUGAGGGCGGCAAGACUGGCUUGACUGCCAUGUCCACUGGUAUCUGCUUCUUCAUCAGCAUCUUCUUUGCUCCCAUUUUUGCUUCCAUCCCACCAUGGGCUACUGGUUGCGUGCUCGUCCUUGUUGGCUCCAUGAUGGCCACAGCCGUGACCGACAUCAACUGGCGCUACCUGGGCGAUGCGGUUCCCGCGUUCCUCACUCUGACCAUUAUGCCGUUUACAUACUCGAUUGCCAACGGUCUUAUUGCGGGUGUCUUUUCCUUCAUCAUCAUCAACGGCUCCGUCUGGGUUCUUAAGAAGAUCUCAGGCGACCGCAUUGUGCCACCCAACUACGACGAGCGCGAGGGCUGGACCUGGAAGAUCCCUGGCGGCUUCUUCCCGCCCUGGAUGGUUCGCCUGUCACGCGGCAAGAAGGACUUUUGGAGAGAGGACGUGGUUGUUCCCGAGACGCAGCACACCAAGGAAGUCGAUGUCGGCUCUGAGCGCGGCGAUGCCGAUGCCACGAUUCCCGAUUCGCCCGCUGCCAAGAAAUAAAACGACCACUCGCCUUGGUUCCUUUUUAUGAUGAUGAUGAUGAUUUCCCUUUGCUUUACUUUGGCACGUAACACACAUAUUUCUUGUAUAUAGCUCUGUCCAUGUAUGCUUAGUAUCACUUUGCUACAGCUGCGUCUCAUGUACAUGAAUACUUUGUCAAUUUAUAUCUCUUUUUUUGCUGUCAUAGAUUUCCAACUUGUUUUACGAUUUUUUGUCCCGUUCGCUCAUGAAGCCAUAAGCGCAAUGUGCUUCAGUUCACUAUAAACAAACAACACCAUUAGCAAAUAGUCUUAUACACGCACACUCAAAUAAAAGGAACUUACCCUUCG